CUUUUUCUUCCUAUUCCUGUUCAGCAAAACCCUAGCUUAAUUGCUCAAAACCCUGCAGCUCUUAGCCCUAACUAAACGCCUUCAACCGUUCAAAGUUAAUCUCAGUUUGCGUAUAUUCGAAGAUGACGAGUGCCUUGGAUAUGUCUCUCGACGAUAUUAUCAAGUCUAACAAAAAGUCCGGCGGUCCCAAUUCCCGGGGCAGAGGCGGCCGCGGCUCUGGCCUAGGCCCGGCACGUCGCUUCUUCAAGCGUGGCACCAAUCGAACGACGCCGUAUUCCAAGGCGGCUCAAGCUCCGGAUUUCACGUGGCAACACGACAUGUUCGCUGGCGCUGCACUGCCCGGGGCUGCUCGAGCUCCAUCGAUAGAAACUGGCACCAAAAUUUAUGUUUCUAAUUUGGAUUAUGGAGUUUCUAAUGAAGACAUUAAGGAUCUCUUUUCCAAGGUUGGUGAUCUUAAGCGAUAUACUGUUCAUUUUGACCGAAGUGGAAGAUCAAAGGGAACUGCAGAAGUUGUCUUUUCACAGCGAGCAGAUGCCUUGGCAGCUGUCAAGAGAUACAACAAUGUCCAAUUAGAUGGAAAACCAAUGAAACUUGAGAUUGUCAGAAGAAAUAUUGCUGCUUCUGCUGCCGCACCUCCAUCUAACAAUGGCAUGUAUGGCAAUCAAAAUGGUGGUUUUAGAAGCCGCCAAAGAAGAGGUGGUGCCAUGGGAGGGUCUCAUCGUGGUAGACAUGGCAUAAGUAGGGGUCGUGGCUGGAGAAGAGGUCGAAGUGAAAAGACACCAUUUUCUAUGGAAGAUCUUGAUGCUGAUUUGCAGAAGUACCAUAAUGCAGCAAAGCAAUCAGACGCAAUGGUUCAGUGAGUUCUUGAUACUGAAUUUAGAAAGCACUAGAAGAAGCACAGCUCACAAUGUUCACUGAGUUCUCAGCUAGCUUAAAUAGAUAGAAACACAGUAAUGGUAGUCUGCCCCGAGGUUUUUCGGCGCAAUCAUCAAAUCCUGGGCUUGUGUAUCAACUAGUUUAGAGUUCCCAUAAUCAAACUAUAUGUUGAUUUACUCAUCAUGAUUCUACCCUUCUAAAGAAAUUCAUCAAUUACAAAUUACACAUGUAAUCUGAUAA